AUGCCGAGAAUUCGGACGAGUCGGACAAGGCCGCCGCCUGAUGGCUUUGAAGACAUCGAGCCAAUUCUGGAAGAGUACGAGACGAAAAUGCGCGAUGCAGAAAACGAGUCGCAGGAUGGCAAACGCAAAGCCGAGGGCGUCUGGGGAAUUAUGCGUAUCACUCAUAUCCGGUCACGGUACAUCUACGACCUCUAUUACAAGCGUGAGGCUAUAAGUCGUGAACUUUACGACUGGUUGCUUGAACAAGGAUAUGCAGAUGCUGCACUCAUCGCAAAAUGGAAGCGCACAGGUUAUGAAAAACUGUGCUGUGUGAGGUGCAUCCAGGCUCGCGUUGUCGUGGCUGCUGUUCAUCUGAUUAAGCAAUUCACACUGACGAAUUUCUGUCGGAAAAUUGUGGAUGCUGAAAAUUGCGACCAAUUUAUGGACUUCAUUCUGCGCGCGCAGCAGCUGUUAUUUCGUUCAUAG